GGAGCUGCGUAGGUUGCAGUAUAGAAGCUUCCGGUGGGGGAUACUGUUUUGGCUCUGAUCGCGUAGAGCUGGCGACUUUGGCGCUCCUGGUGCUAGUUCAGCGGCAUCUUGGGGCCCACAUGAGCCAAUGGCAUCGUGCCCGCGGUGGCUGGGGCCCGGGACGCGUGUUUUCUGGACGUUCCAAGGCCAAGAAGAAGGGCGGAAAUCACAUCCCCGAAAGGUGGAAGGACUAUCUCCCAGUUGGACAGAGGAUGCCUGGGACUCGUUUCAUUGCUUUCAAAGUUCCUUUGAAAAAGAGUUUUGAAGAGAGACUUGCUCCAGAAGAACGUUUUUCCCCCUCGGAUCUUUUUAACAAAAUCCAAGAACAGAAUGAAGAACUUGGACUGAUCAUUGAUUUAACAUAUACUCACCGCUAUUAUAAACCAGAGGACUUACCGGAAACUAUUCCUUACUUAAAAAUUUAUACAAUUGGGCAUCAGGUGCCUGACGAUAACACUAUUUUUAAAUUUAAAUGUGCCGUUAAUGGGUUUUUGAAAGAAAACAAAGAUAAUGACCGACUUAUUGGUGUCCACUGUACCCAUGGUUUAAACAGGACUGGCUACCUCAUCUGCAGAUAUUUGAUUGAUGUAGAAGGCAUGAGGCCAGAUGAUGCAAUUGAAUUAUUCAAUCGAUGCCGAGGACAUUGCAUAGAAAGGCAAAACUACCUCGAAGACCUUCAGAAUGGUCCCAUCAGGGAUCGGGAACCCAGUGUAUCCAGACCAAGGGGUUCUGACUACUCAACAUAUACAGUGGAAACAGUCCACACCACUAAUAAAGCUGUUCACCAAGGAUCUUGGAAUAACAGACGUUGGACCCAAGGUUACCCAACACCUUCUUGGCAUUUCCACACCCAGGCCCCAGAUGUGCAGCAGUCAGCAAGAAACUUUUCACAGAAUCAAAGCUUUUACCAGAGACAUGGUAACCCUCCUCCUGGCCCCCCUGGAGAGGACUGUUCACGGAGGAGAUUCUCUUGGAGCGUAAGGCCAGACGCCAAUCAUGUGGUCCAGAACAAAAGGUGGUGUCCUGGCAGUUACUAUGGGUUUCCCUAUCCAGCCUAUUAUGGAUGGACUGAGUGACACCAGCCAAUCCUGGAAAUCUAUCUGGAGACCUCAGGACUGAAGACAGCUGGAGUGACUCUAAGAUCGGGUCAAAUGAGGUUUAUAAUCUAUUUUUCCUCCCUUAAGUUCAAACUUAAGGAAAAAUUAUAUUACUACUUGACUCUUUGCUGAUAAAUUUGCAGUAUUUGAAAUACUGGAUGAAUUAAUGUGUUGUUCCAGUCUUAAAAUUUUUUAAAGGAAAAUGUUAUUUUAGAACUGAAAAAAUAAUAAAGAAUAUCCCAUGUACCUAAUUUUUAAAAAUGCUAUCUUUUCUAUGUAUUUCCUUUUGACUAGACUUGUGAUGUGUGCAUACAGAAAUUUUUAGUUAUGUUCUAUUUUGUCUUUUUCUGUUUUUGACCCAAUCAUUAAGGUUUCUUUUUUUCCCUAACUGUUCAAGAUUUCUGUUGAAAUAUACCUAGGAAACAAUCUCUUUGGAACCUAAUCACUAUUUGCAAGUUAGUGGUGGUAUUUUGCGAUUAGGCAUUUCUUUCUUUGGCAGUCUUCUGUGGGGUUUGACCAACUUCCUGUCACUGAGUUGUCAUGUAUGCCGUCUAAACACAGGAGUGGACGAGCUUUUAGGGAUUAUCAACUGGGCAAGAGACUGAUCAACCAGAAUGCUGGUUGAUUUACCUGACAGGGUGAUUGUUACAAACUGAAAUUACUCAGAAAACUUGAAAACUUUAUAGACUGUAAAAGUUGCUUAAUGAACAGAAUAGGACACGACAUUUAAAGCCUGGGAUAUUGGGAAGACUUGCGUGGCUCCUUAUGUUUGUGCUUUUCUGUUGAACAUAACUUACUGGGGUUUCUCUCCACUUGCCUCUCACAGUGGAGCAGUGCUCUGACUUUGACUUUUCUAAGUUGUCUCUUUUGCUGCUGUACCUCUAGAUCACAAAGGUGGAUCACUGGGGGGUGUUGAUUAUUUUUAGUUGCAGAGAAGCCAAAAACUGUUGCUUAAGAAAGUGUCACACCUUCAUGUCAUCAAAGCCUGGGUAGAUAUUUGAUGAAUAUUGGCUUCAUUUUUUAAAGCCUCUUAUUUUGAACAUUUGUAUCAGAGUAUCUUUUACCAAAUGUGAUAGUUAUUUCAUCUGUUCUCUUUUACAUGUGAAGGACAUGUUGAACCUGACCUUAAGGAAAUUUUCAGCUUAAUUACUCCCUGUGUCUCAAGUUGCUAAUCCUUCAUCUAAAUGAUGGCUCAUAAGGGUUUUUCUUUGCCUGCCACAUUUAACAGAGAUACAAGGGCUGUUGCGAAGAGGCUGGUCCUGGGGAAUUAUUCCCCAGGAUACUCAAGAAGGCUCCCUGGGGAAGAAAUUGGAGGAAGAUAAUUGGUGUGACAAAAAAGAACAAGCAGGGGCAGUGACAGCAGUCCAGUCGGACUAACAGCUCUGAGCAGUUUUUUGGCAAGGAGUUUCUCAGGAGGACAUUGCCAGCGGAAGGGCCAUCAUCCGAACACUGCCACCUUCAGAAGACCUUUCUUUACCCUAUUGCCCCUCCGUCCCCAUCCACUUCUGUUUCAGUUAUCAGUGUGGCUUGUUAAAGACUAGAUUCCAUUUGCUCUCUCGUGUGUCAUUUACUCUUCUAUACUCCAUAGCUCUGGCUUCAACUUGUACCACACCAUUGAAUGUUUUCUGGCUAAAGGGACCAGCAACUCCCUUUAAAAAGGUCUUUAGUGUCCUAUUUAAACUUUUAAAAUUUAUUUUUAUUUUUUAAAAAGUGAGUAUUUUAAAAUUCAAAUAGUUCUACUAAGAUUAGCCUGAAAAAGAAUAGUCCCCAGCCCCCACCCUGCCAUACCCAAUUAUCACUCCCCAAAGGCAGUCACUAAGUGUUUUUGUGUUCUCUUCUAAUAUUUGCUGCUUUAUUAAAAUACUAUGCUUGUAUUGCCACUUCUUGAUUUUUCAAUUUGUGGUGUUAUCUACUAACUUCUUACUGUGGAAGACAAUUUAGUUUUUUCACAUCACAUACCCACAUGCACACUUCUGUUAACCUCAACUUUGCAGUGUAGUUAUUUCCCAGCUUUCACUGAAACCAGUAUACUGAGUUCAGAGUGAGCACCAUUCACUCUGAGCCCUGGUGGACCAUUGUUACAUUUCCUUUCUUAGGCCAUUUUUGUCCCCCUCGUUCUUGCCUCAUUUGUUUGCCUCUUUUCCUGUGGACUUACCACUAAUCCAUCCCCCAGAUCUCUGCCAGCACUGUAUGUAACAUUUCUCUUAAAUGUGAAUAGGAUGAACACAUUAGAUUCUUUUUCAUUUGAAAUCUUUCCUGGAAUCCUGACCUGUUUCAGGCUGGGCGUUACAUUAGUUUGCCACAGCUGCCAUAACAAAGUUCCACGGACUGCCAGCAGGUUUGGUUUUUUUCUGAAGCCCUUCAUUGUUUAUAAAUGGCCACCUUCUCCCUUUGUCUUCAUGUGGUCUUCCCUCUGCGUCUGUCUGUGUCUGUAUUUCCAUUCACACCGGAUUAGUACCCACCCUUAUGGCUUCAUUUACACUUACUUUCUCUUUAAAGACCCCAUCUCGAUGUAUGGUCACGUUCUGAGGUCCUGGGAGUUAGGACGACUAUAACUUGAGCACAUCUCUACACCUGGGGCAUAGCUCUGGUUCUGGGGUUUCUUACUAACCUUCAGCCUGGUCAUUUCUUCUGCUCACCUCUAUUUUCUGGGCCCCAUAGCUAUUGCUUUCAUGGUUUACUUCCCUGUUGGCUAGAUUAUAUCCUGUAGACUCCCAAGGAGGGUUAAUAGGCUAUCAAUUUUGGAGCCUUUUGCAUAUCUGAAAUGGGCUUAUUUUAUUCUUUCACUGCACUAAUAAUUUGGUAGGCUAUUUAAUUGAAGGUAGACACUUUUAAAUGUAUUUACUCAUUGUUUUUCCACAUCCACUGCUGUUGAAACCCUGUGCUAUUCUGGUUCCUAAGCUUUUAUCUAGGGACCUGUAAUUUUUCUCCCUGAAAGCUUUAGGAUCUUCUUUAUCUCAAAUGUCCUGACAUUUCACGAUACAUUUUAGUGCAGGAAUUAUUGUGAUGUUAGAUACUUAGUGAACCCUUUCAGUCUAGUCCCUUAUACUCAUCUCAGAAAUUUUCUUUUCACUUAUGCUAUUUUCUUUUUCAGGAACUUCUAGUUGAAUGUUGGAUUUUCUGAAAUGUACCUCUAUGAUAAUUUUUAAAAUUUUCCAUUUUAACCUUUUUGCUUUUUUUAAAAAACAGAAUUUCCUUGCUUUACUUUUCUAUCCUUCUAUUGAUUAGAAGUACAUUAUUUAAAUUUUCUGCUACAUAUAUUUUUUUCUACUGUUUUUCAUUUCUAAAAGCUAGCUCUUAUUUUUCAAAUGGCAUUUUUUUAGUUACUUCACUUUUUAAAAUAUUAGACAAUUAGCCCUGGCUGGAGUGGCUCAGUGGUUGAGUGCCACCUUGGGAACCAAAGGGUCACUAUUUCAAUUCCCAGUCAGGGCACAUGCCAGGGUUGCUGGCAGGUAUCCAGUAGAGGGUGCACGAGAGGCAACCACACAUUGAUGUUUCUCUCCCCCUCUUUCUUCCUCCCUCCCUCUCUCUGAAAAUAAAUAAAAUAUUUUUAAAACAUCAGAUAAUUUUAUUAAUUUUGCAUAUUCUGAAAAUUCUUUGAAGUUCAACUAAUUCUUUUUUUUUUUUGAGGAAAGAUAUACAAGGCCAAUGAUGUACAUACUAUAGGAACACAUUUGUGAACUGAUUCUCUUUUUAAUGAAUGUAUUUUUUUCUCUGUAAUAUCAAUUAUUUUUAGAUUUUUCUGUUACCUGCACCAGCUGUUUUCUUUUUUUCUUGUUUGUUGAUGCCUGUCUCUCAUAUUGGAGAUGUUCUUGAGAUGUCUGAUCAUCUGUACCAUCUUUCUUUCUUCUGAUUGAGGCACUCAAAGUGGAUGGAAACCUUGGCUGUGCUGUGGUAGAUUUGUAAUAAGGUGAUCGCUUGGCUCGUGUUUUGUUUACUUUCCCCUUGCUGUACACAUUUAGGUUUUAUUUUUCUCCAUUCUGACUGUUACCCAUCUUUGAUAAUUUUACUGUUCUCUCUCAUCUGUCCUUUGUCAUUCCUGUCAUUCUCUUGUGAGUUUUCAAUCUGUAAACUAUCAUUUUGGGUAGGGAGUAGGAUAGGCAUGAGAUCAAUACAGCCAGUGUAAUGAGACUGAAAAUGAGCCAAUAAAAUUGGGUUUUCAAUUUA